AUGGUCGUCGCCUAUAUUCCUGAAGGUUUACCAGCCGCUGUCACUCUCGUAUUGAGUAUUGUGGCCAAGAGAAUGUACAAACAAAAAAUACUUGUCAAAAGUUUGGCUACCGUCGAAACAUUUAACACCGUUCCUAUCAUCGCUACCGACAAAACUGGUACAUUAACCAUGAAUCAAAUGACAAUUACAGCAAUUUUAUGGGGUCGUAUGGGUGAAUACUUGGUUCCGAUUCACGUUAACGAAGAUAAAACGGUAGAGACAGAAGAACAUGCUACUAAUAGUAGUCGACCAUCUUUCACUGUUAAAAGCGAAUCUAACACAAUGAAUGGCUUGGUCCUCGGUGCUUGCCUCUGUAAUAAUGCUACAAAGCAAUCGUCUUCGUCUGAUAACGAAGAUGAUUCUGAAAAUCCAGCUAUGGAGACGAACUAUGAGGAGUCCUCAGAACAUACCACCAAGUUGGUGGGAGAUGCAGCUGACGUUGCACUCUAUCGCCUUUGCCAGGACACACUUGCGAUCAAUAUUGAACAUGUACGAGUAGUCAAUCCACGUAUCAAUGCUGUGCCGUUCAAUUCAAAGAAUAAGUUCAUGCUGACAGCCAAUCUUCUCGAAAAAAACGAAAUGAAUACUAAUGAGAAUGUUCUCAUUACACUGAAAGGUGCCCCCCGAUUUUAUUCUAUCUCGGUGUUCAACGUAUAG